GUGCUAUAUCCGAAACGUACUAAAUAUAGUAAAUAUCGUAAAGGCAGAUGUAGUAGGGGUCGCGAACCGGACGGUACACAACUUGGUUUUGGAAGAUAUGGCACCAAAAGUUGUGAAGCUGGUCGUCUUUCCUCUCAAGCCAUUGAAGCAGCGCGUCGGGCUACAGUCGGACAAUUCCAUCGUGCUAUGAGCGGACAAUUCCGAAGAAAUGGUAAGAUAUGGGUCAGAGUUCUCGCGGAUCUCCCUAUUACCGGGAAACCUACAGAAGUGAGAAUGGGAAGAGGAAAAGGAAAUCCUACGGGUUGGAUUGCUCGUGUGUCCACGGGACAAAUCCCAUUUGAAAUGGAUGGUGUGAGUUUGUCAAAUGCUCGACAAGCCGCUACAUUAGCGGCGCAUAAACCAUGUUCGUCAACCAAGUUUGUUCAGUGGUCGUAA